AUGUUGGUUUCUCKCAGUGACGAGGCUGAAGAAAAAUGCAGUCCAAGUCCUACUAGGAAGAGAGUCACUUUUGACUCUAAAGUCAAAACCUAUGAACACAUUGUGCUACAAGAAUCUGUUGAUCUUUUGGAAGAGAAGAAAGAGGAAGAUGUCAAAUCCGACGAGAGGUCACUGAAUUCAAGCAAGACUUGUUCUGAGAACAGUGAGGUUGCUUCAAACUCCUCAGGGUCGUAUCCUUCAAAUCACAGAUACAAGAAUUGUAGAGAAAGUGAUGAUGAUGUAGAGGAGGAUGAGCUAGACUUUGGUGAAACCGAUCUAGAUGAAGAUGAAGAGUAUUAUAGUGAUGAUGGAUUUAGUGAGGAUAAGUUGCAUAAGCUAACCAAGGAAGUUUACACUGAGGAGAUUGAGGAURAUACAGAGGAGAUYGAUGCAAAGCUGAGAAGGUCUAAUGAGAGUGUUAAAGAUGGAAACCACUAUGCCCAAGGAGUACUUAACCCGGUUGAAAAUCUCACUCAGUGGAGAUCCGCUAAAUCCGAAGGGAGAACAAUGCAGAAACAGUCUCAAAAGGAGAACUCUAACCUCGUCUCAGAUCAAGAAGACAAAAGUGAUUCCUCUUUUUCGGGCACAGAACCGAAAUCCAAGAAACCGAGAAACCAAGAAUUGACCGUUGAAGCUAGCCUUUCAACUUGGUUAUCAACUUCUGAAACGGGUAGUGAAGGCAACAGUGUCUCUAUGGAGACCCCUACACCCGAGAAAAAGAAGUCUAGCUGCUACUCAAAACGGGGUAUAACCAGCCAUGACGAUAGACCUGUACUAUGCGCAUUGACAUUGGAUGAGAUCAAACAGUUCUCGGCUACAUCUACGCCAAGGAAAUCACCGAGCAAGAGUCCUGAUGAGACACCUAUUAUUGGCACAGUUGGUGGUUAUUGGGGUAAUCACAUUAAGGCAAUAGAUUGUGGCUCUGUAUCUUCAUUCAAGGGAAUACCGAAUACCACCAGCAAGUACAGAGAGGAUAAUAAAGUGAAUUGGCAUUCAACACCAUUUGAGGCAAGACUGGAGAAAGUUUUGAACAACAGAGAUAAUUAA